ACGAGGCCUUGCACAUGUGUUUACCAGGAGAGAGAGCCUUGUCACCAGAGAUAGAGUCCUGCCACCACAGCUACUGAGGCCUUAUCUAACACCGUAUCAGGACCAUUCUGUAGAGGAACCACCAGCUCCUCUACCACCAGCUCCUCUAACACCAAGUCCACUAAUAACAGUCUGACAGUUUCAGUUGUCUGGAGUGAAGGACCAGAAGUCACUGAGAGCAAGACAAGAGUCCCUGCCAAGGAUUAUGCCAAUAUAGCCUCCUCAGUAUCUCCAGCAGACAGCCACUCUAGAGGUGCUAACGCAGUCCCUCUCCAGCAGUAAACAUGGACGACCAUUGGCAGAACAAUGUGAACCAGCAGGGCACUGAGAUCCCCACCUACGGGGAGGGAGGCGGCCAGGAGUACCCCUACCAGGCUGACUUCCCUCAGCAGGAAGGAGGGGGAGACGAGGAUGCCAGGAGCGAUGCCACGGAGGGUCACGACGAGGAUGCAGAGGCCAUGUACGAAGGAGAGUACCAGGGGAUCCCCCACCCUGACGAGAUCAAGGCGGCUCAGCGGGCGGCCAGGGCCGAGGCCAGGAAGAAGGCCAGGCUGGCAGCAGCGAUGCCGGAUGAGGAGGACCUGGCAGAACAGUACGAGAACAUCAUGGAGGACUGUGGGCACGGCCGCUUCCAGUGGACCCUGUUUAUCGUGCUGGGCAUGGCGCUGAUGGCGGAUGGCGUGGACGGAUUUGUGGUGGGCUUCGUUUUGCCUAGCGCCGAGAAGGACAUGUGCUUAUCCAACGCCAACAAGGGCAUGCUGGGUCUGUUGGUGUACGUGUCGAUGAUGGUGGGGGCAAUCGUGUGGGGCAGCCUGGCGGAUAAGAUGGGCCGUAGGAAAUGUCUGAUCUACUGUCUGGCCAUCGACUGUGUCUUCAGCUUCCUGUCCUGCUUCGCUCAGGGAUACGGAUUCUUUAUCUUCUUCAGGUUCUGCUCCGGCUUCGGGAUCGGAGGGACUAUCCCCAUCGUGUACACCUACUUCGCAGAGUUCCUCCAGAUGGAUAAGAGAGGGGAGCACCUUAGCUGGCUGUGUAUGUUCUGGAUGUUUGGUGGACUCUACGCCUCCUUCACCGCCUGGGGAAUCAUCCCUCACUACGGCUGGGGCAUCAGCCUGGGGACACAGUACCAGAUCCACACCUGGAGAAUAUUCAUCCUGGUGUGUAUGUUUCCAGCCAUCAUUGCCCUCAUUGGACUGGUCUUCAUGCCAGAGAGCCCACGCUUCUUCCUGGAGAAUGGGAGACAUGACGAGGCCUGGAUGAUUCUGAGACAGGUCCAUGAUACCAACUGGAAGGCCAAGGGAGAACCAGAGAGGGUGUUCACUGUGUCCAACAUCACGACUCCUAAGACCCAGGAGGAUGAGUUCAUUGAGAUCCAGAGUGACACCGGAACAGCCUUCCAGCGCUGGACCGUCAGACACACCAACCUCCUCAAACAGGUGAUGCAGAACGUGAUGUCGCUGGCAGCACCAGACCUCAGACUGCAGGGUCUCUUCCUGGCCAUCGUCUGGUUCACCAUGGCCUUCAGCUACCACGGACUGUCGGUGUGGUUCCCCGACAUGAUCAAGUACAUGCAGUAUGAGGAGUACGAGUCCAAGGUGAAACUCUUCCAUCGAGAACGAGUGGAGCGAUUCCACUUCAACUUCUCCCUGGUCAACCAGAUCCACAAAGAGGGAGAAUAUGUCCACGACAAGUUCAUGGAUAUAGAGAUCAAGUCUGUGAAGUUUGAAGAUUCCCUGUUUGAGAACUGUUACUUUGAGGACGUCAGGUCGACCAACACGUACUUCGAGAACUGCACCAUCAAGAACACGGUCUUCUAUAACACAGACCUUUGGGAAGACUCUAAGUUUAUAGACUGUCGGCUGGAGAACGCCACGUUUCUCCAUCCGAAGAAAGGCUGCCAUCUGAACUUCCAGGAGGAGAACGACAUCGUCAUCUACAUGGUCAGCUUCCUGGGGAGUCUAGCGACACUGCCAGGCAACAUCCUGUCAGCCCUCUUCAUGGACAAGAUAGGAAGGAUCAAAAUUAUAGGUGGUUCUAUGCUGAUCUCAGCAGUCUGUACGUUCCUCCUGCUCCUCAGCUUCAGUCAGGGGGCAGUUAUAUUAUUUCAGUGCCUUUUCUACGCUACCAGCGUCGCGGCCUGGAACGGACUGGAGGUUAUCACAGUAGAAAUCUACCCUUCUGCUAAAAGAUGCACAGCAUUCGGAGUGCUGAACGGUACCUGUAAGCUGGCAGCCAUUAUUGGCAGCGUCGUCUUUGCCAAGUUCAUCGGCAUCACAAAGAUCGUCCCCAUUUUCCUGGCGUUCGCAGCACUGGCUUGCGGAGGUUUGCUGGCCACUAAACUACCCGACACGCGGGAGAAGAUCCUGGAGUGAAAACAGACAAACAUCUACGGCAUUAAGGGUUGUAAAAUUCCUGUAACUUUCCACAGGUUUUCAAAAAACAUCUUGGUUGGAGGAUUCCCAGACUUCCUGCUAAAACGUGGGAAUUUGGGGAAAGUUAGUGGAAUUUUGCAAACCUUUACAACGUCACGGCCAAAUAAAGCUGUCUGUACAUAUAGGGUGGUCCAGUUGGGAGACUUCCACAUGGGAUGUGAGCUGUGUGUGACAGAAUAAGGGGAUGGGCUUUCUGUUCCCAUGGGGAUGUAAAGAACGAAUGGUACCCUCAUCAAGACAUGUCACCAUUUUACAUUGUUUGAAAUUGUGUUUUUCUUCUGUACACCUUAAAAUAACCCCCCCCCCAUUAGAGCAGGACAAGUCACUCUGUAUUUGGUAUGUUUUAAAAUGUGUUUUAAAUUAUUUUAAAUGAAAAUGAAAGAAUACGAGAGAUGAGAAAUAUAUAUCCUUGGAAGAUGACAGCCAGUUGAACCAUGUUGUGCUUUGAUUUGAAACCAACUGUUUAGGAAAGGUAUUGGGUUGACAUUCGGGUUGGAAUUCAACGACGGCUAAGGUUUCAACGGAACGCUAGUGUACGAUUCAGAACCAAUUUUCCAGUGUCCUUGUUCCAUUCCAUUUUGUGAUAAGAGCUUUCAUCGACCGCAGCCAGGUGUUUGAAUUGUCCCAUUUCCUCCAGGACGACAACCUCACCUGCUGCACAGUGGAUGCAUCUGUUGACUUACCAAUAUGUUUGUUGUAUUGUUUGUGCUCAGUCUCUCCUUUUCCAGUAGAGCUGUGUUCUAGAUUCUGUUAAGUCCUGUCUAGUCUGUGUUCAGUCUCUCCUUUUCCAGUAGAACGAUAUUGAUUCUGUUAAAUCCUGUCUAGUCUGUGUUCAGUCUCUCCUUUUCCAGUAGAACGAUACUGAUUCUGUUAAAUCCUGUCUAGUCUGUGUUCAAUCUCUGCUUUUCCAGUAGAGCUGUGUUCUAGAUACUGAUUCUGUUAAAUCCUGUCUAGUCUGUGUUCAGUCUCUCCUUUUCCAGUAGAACGAUACUGAUUCUGUUAAAUACUGUCUAGUCUGUGCUCAGUGUCUCGUUUUCCAGUAGAACGAUACUGAUUCUGUUAAAUCCUGUCUAGUCUGUGUUCAGUCUCUCAUUUUCCAGUAGAACGAUAUUGAUUCUGUUAAAUCCUGUCUAGUCUGUGUUCAGUCUCUCCUUUUCCAGAAGAACUGUGUUCUAGAUACUGAUUCUAUUAAAUCCUGUCUUGGUUGCCAUGACAUUGUAAGAACAUUUUUUUUUCAAUAAUUAUGUGAACAUGUGAGUUUAGACAUGAUUAUUUACUCUAUUUUUAAAGUCGCUAAGUAUCAUUUACCCUGUACCCCCAACCCUGGUCCUCCAGUACCCCCAACUCUGGUCCUCCAGUACCCCCCAACAUCUCAACUCUGGUCCUCCUGUGCCUCCAACCCUGGUCCUCCAGCACCCCCAACUCUGGUCCUCCAGUACCCCCCAACAUCUCAACCCUGGUCUUCCAGCACCCCCAACUUUUGUCCUCCAGUACCCCCCAACAUCUCAACUCUGGUCUUCCUGUACCCCCAACCCUGGUCCUCCAGUACAGCCCAACAUCUCAACUCUGGUCCUCCAGUACCCCCCAACAUCCCAACUCUGGUCUUCCUGUACCCCCAACCCUGGUCCUCCAGUAUCCCCCAACAUCUCAACUCUGGUCCUCCUGCACCCCCAACUCUGGUCCUCCAGUAUCCCCAAACAUCUCAACUCUGGUCUUCCUGUACCCCCAACCCUGGUCCUCCAGUAUCCCCAACAUCUCAACUCUGGUCUUCCUGUACUCCCAACCCUGGUCCUCCAGUACCCCCCAACAUCUCAACUUUGGUCUUCCUGUACCCCCAACCCUGGUCCUCCAGUACCCCCCAACAUCUCAACUCUGGUCUUCCUGUACCCCCAACCCUGGUCCUCCAGUACCCCCUAACAUCUCAACUCUGGUCUUCCUGUUGCCCCAACCCUGGUCCUCCAGUACCCCCCCAACA